CUUAUAUGUCAACAAGUAUUAUAAACAUAACCUAUCAAAGUGUUGGUGUUGUAUCUGGUUGUAUCAUUAUUAGAGUUUAUUGAAAUUUAUUGAUAGCUGCUUUUAAUUAGUAAUCUGUUGGAUAUGGAUGAUGCUCCUAAAAGAGGUAGAGGCAGGGGUAGAGGUGGCAGAGGCCGUGGAAGAGGACGGGGUCGAGGCAGAGGUAGAGGUAAAAAGGCUAUAAAGGUGAUUGAAAGUGACGAAGAAGUUGAUUUGCCAAGUCAGGAGAGCGCUGAGGAGGCGCCUCAGCCUCCACAGCAAGAGGUAGAAAACAAUGAGAAUACUGUGCCAAAAAUUGAUUUGGAAGCUGAUAUUUCUCAACUUGAGGCACCCACUUUCACAACAAUCAACAGAGGUCCACCUGAACCAAUGCUGCGCUUAGAUUGGAGCCACAAAGUGAAUCUCAUUGGGGAGAAGGUCCUCAAUCCCAUGAUACAUUGCUGUGAUAAAUGCUCAAAACCAAUUUUGAUUUAUGGCAGAAUGAUUCCAUGCAAACAUGUGUUCUGUUUGGAAUGUGGUAAAAAGGAACAGAAGCAGUGUCCAAGAUGUUCCGAUAAAGUAUCCAGAGUGGAGCAAACUGGUUUAGGUACAGUUUUCAUGUGUACUCAUGGAGGGUCACGGUACGGUUCGAAUGGUUGUCGCAGGACGUACCUGUCUCAGAGGGAUUUGCAAGCGCACAUUAAUCAUAGGCACGUAUCGGCAGCGGUGCAGCCUAUGGAAACGCAGGAACCCGAAAGGCAACCUGCCAGAUCGAAAGCUGGUGAUCCUAGAGGUCCAAUUUCUAUACCCAGCAACGUUAGGCAAAGGCAGAACGCGAUAGGUUCAAGCGGCGUGCGGACCAAUCUGAUCACCGUGCCCAUCCAGGAUACCGCCCCCAUAGUGCAUGACACUCAACCACAAGGCUAUUACAACCAAUACCAGCAAGCCUCUAACUACAACCAGGCGGCACUGCCACCUAUGCACAUACCGCCACCUCAGCAGACACAGUAUUAUGCAGCUCCACCUGCUUACAGCCCAGCGCAGAGUUAUCCAGCAUACAAUGGUGCAGCUGGAAACCCGCAGUAUGCAUCGCAGAACGUUCAAGGUCAAAGCAGACAGAACCAAUACGAUUACACAAACGCCCAUCCCCCGCAAUGGACGAACAACCAAUACUUCAGAUGAGACCCACCAUUUUAUUUGCUUAACUUUUUACAAUUUCAGUUUUAAAUUAUUUUUAUCGCUG